AUGCAGCGUUCUUCACCACUUCCGGCCAAGAGCUUUGCUCGUAAAAUCCAGCUUCAUUAUUCUCGUAACCAAAUCCCAACCAUAGACAGCCCUUCAUGCGACGUGUUCUUAAGCCACCGAGGGAUCGAUACUAAGAAAACGGCCGCCAGUUUGCUUUACUACCAGCUUUUCGGGUUGGGAAUUAGGCCUUUUCUCGACAGCCGAAGUAUGAAACCUGGGGACAAGCUGUACGACCAUAUCAGUUUCGGUAUCCGGAAUUCUAAGAUAGGUGUUUUAUUGUUCUCGUCCGGAUUCUGUCAAUCCAGAUUUUGUCUUCACGAGUUGGCUCUGAUGAUGGAAUCCAAGAAAAGGGUUGUACCCAUUUUUUGGGACGUGAAGCCCUCCCAACUUCUUGUGAAGGACGAUGGAACUUAUCUAGAGGAGGACCUUCAAAGAUUCAAGAGGGCACUCGAAGAAGCUAAAAACACCGUUGGGCUUCCCUUUGAUUCUAUGACAGGGGAUUGGUCAGAGUUCCUCGGAAAUGCUUCAGAUGCAAUCAUAAAGAAUUUACAGGAGGUAGAGGAGGAAGAAAUGGAGAAGAAUCUUAAACACCAAGAGUUCCAGUUCAAUUCCCUUUUUAUAUCGCCACAAAAGCUCUACAGUUACAAUUAA